AUGUGGAAAACAACAACUACUAUGGUCAUGGUGAUUCUUGAGGCAACAACAACCACGAUUGAACCAACUACAUCAAUUGAACCAGCAACAACCACAAAUGUGGCAACAACAAGUACAACUGAACCAACGACAUCUACCAUUGAGGCAACUUCUUCAACCACAAAUGAGCCAACAACUACAACUGAGGCAACAACGACCACAAUUGAAACAACAACUACUGAACCAGCAACAACCACAAAUGAGGCAACAACAACCGCAAAUGAGGCAUCAACAAGCACAAUUGAACCAGCAACUACAACUGAGGCAACAACAACCACAAUUGAACCAACCACAACUACUGAACCAACAACCACAAUUGAACCAACUACAACUACUGAACCAACAACAACAACUGAACCAGCAACAACCACAAAUGAGGCAUCAACAAGCACAAUUGAACCAGCAACUACAACUGAGGCAACAACAACCACAAUUGAACCAACCACAACUACUGAACCAACAACCACAAUUGAACCAACUACAACUACUGAACCAACAACAACAACUGAACCAGCAACAACCACAAAUGAGGCAACAACAAGCACAAUUGAACCGACAACUACAACUGAGGUAACAACAACCACAAUUGAACCAACAACAACUACAAUUGAGGCACCUACUUCAACCACAAAUGAACCAACCACAACCACCUUUGAACAAACAACAAGCACAACUGAACCAACAACCACAAUUGAACCAACAACAACUACCAUUGAAGCAACUACUUCAACCACACAUGAACCAACCACAACCACAUUUGAACCAACAACAACCACAAAUGAGGCA